CGCAAGCGCCCACAUGGUGGAGGUGGCGCACGCAUGCGCAAUAGCCACAUGGAGGAGGUGCAGCCACUGCGCAAGGCCGACGCAAGCGGCGAGGAUGUCAGCGUCCCGCCAGCUUCGAUGGCGCAGGAGCAGAGCUGGCGCUGUGGCAGCGUGGUCGACAUCACCAUCACCGUGGGUGUGUGCGUGCUGUACACGCUGGUCGGGCCGCUGCUGAUCCUGAACAACAAGUACCUCCUCACCUCCGGAUUCCCAUACCCCAUCGUGCUCACUAGCCUCACGCAGGCCGCCACCGUCGUCUUUGCGGUCGCCGCCGCGCUGCUCUCCCGCAUGCGCUGCAUCGAGUGGGAGAUGCCGAGGAGAGAGUUCGACGGCACGCUUAUACGCGCGUCAGUCGUCGUCGGCUUCGCCGCCGCCACCUGCCUCUGCGCCGGCAACAGCGCGUACCUCUACCUUUCCGUCUCCUUUAUCGAGAUCCUCAAGGGGUACGCGCCGCUCGUGACGAUGAUGAUGCAGGGCUUCUUCGGGAUCGGGUACCCGGAGCGUAAGCCCGUCCUUGCGGUCCUCGCCAGCUGCGUCGGCACGACCAUCGCCUCUGCGGGCGAGGUGCACGCGUCUCCCGUCGGCCUUCUCAUCUUCUUCUCGUCGAUGUACUUUGAGGCAACGCGCCUGAUCCUGACCCAAAAGCUGCUCGGCCAAUACAAGAUGCACGUGGUGGAGGCGCUGCUGUACAUCUCGCCCGCCACGUUCGUCUUCACCGCGGCCGCCGCCGCCACCAUCGAGCUGCCCCGCUUCAAGCCCGGGGACAUCCGCAACCCGCCCAUCGAGCCCUUCUGGGUCGGCAUCGGCCUGACCUGCCUGCUGGGGUGCCUGAUCAACCUCUCCUCUUUCCUGGUCAUCCAGCGCACAAACGUGGUGAUGCUGAAGCUGCUCUCCAUCUCGCGCAACGCGGGCGUCGUCGUGAGCGGCGUCGUGCUCUUCGGCGAGGCGUGCGGCUACGUGAUCACGCUCAUCUUCUUCGUGGUGUACAACUACCUGCAGAUCACGGCGGCGCAGGCGGCGGCGCGGGCAAAGGCGUGGGAGGAGGGCAGGAGUCUCGACGGGCACCCGCCUGACUCACCAAGAAGCCCGCCCCCGUAG